UUUUGACUCCAUGGACGGACAACGACAUCGUCGUUCGUUGCUCUUCAUGGUGGGACAACAGCGCCCCAAGCACAAGUUGAAAUGGGAAUCAACAUGGUCUGGCUGUGAAGUUGGUGUCUGUAGUUGUCCCCGCCACGCGGAUAGGAUUUCCAACAUUCUCUAUGCAUCUCUGACUAACAAAGGGAAAUCCAAGAUUCGAGGUUCGAGGUGCCAGGCUGAGUCUCAAGGACGUGAAAAGCAUGAAUGAAUGAUUUGCGUCUGGAUCUUCUUACCGCGAACCUCCUCGCCUCCACCACUCCACCAGCUAGUUCUUGACACUUCGCAGGUAGAGGGACUCAGCUCCAGCAUCUAUAUUUGCAGCUCUGGAGGCUGCUUCACUUCUUCAUUAACUAGGGCUUCUGUUCUUCUUAGACCCUACCCCUAGUCUUGUUCAUCGCCUUAAGUGCAAGCUUCAAUCCCCUAAUCUUCAAGGAGCAUAAGCUCUUCGAUCUAUCUCAGGAGCUGACUACUGUUUCAUCCUACCCUGUCAGGCUUGGUAAAUGAGGGCAGCGGGUGUCGAUGAUAUCAGAUACAUUUUCUCCCAUUCUGGAUAUCCAGCUGCCAAGUUGUGUGCACCUUUGUUUACAAGUACAGAGGCCUUUUUCCAUUUGUAUCAUUGGAAUCUCUUGCGCCUAAGCUAUGAGCCAUGAAACGAAAGCUCACUGAGAUUAUAGACCUCACGGGUGAUGAUGAAAAUGGCGCCAUCAAGGUGCCAAGGUCAAGUGGUGCUUCCCGCCUGGGUCAACCACGAGCCCGAUCAACCUCUCCACAAAACAGAAAUGACCAGAUGUAUGCUCGAGUCGCGACCAUUUUCCCGAGUAUCAGCUUCAAGUAUGUUGGACAGCUUUACAAGCGUCUCGCGUUUGUCAACCCAGGCGUUGAGGUGGAGGAAGCUUUGGUCCACCUUAUCAUGGAUUUGGGUCCAUACCCCAAAGAAGAAGAAGAAGAAGUAGUAGCAAAACUCGAAAAGCUCCCACAAAAUAUUCCGCGAAAGUCUCAGCAAUCAACUAGUUCCAAGAGAGCCUGGGGCAGAGACGAUGGGGUCAUUCGGGGCAAGUCUUACUACCGAGAUAGUCAAUAUCUGUUAGAGCAAAAUUUCCCUAAAAUUCGUCCAGAGUACAUACGCUUUGUGCUACAGUCUCAGAAAUCGUUGUUCGCUGCUUAUGCAAGCCUAGACGAAUCCGAAAACAUACCCAAUAUGACGAAUCCUCUUCCUUUACAUCGACAACGCAGCAAUCAGGGCCCCGUCGAACUGGUACGGCAGCCAGAUAUUCCGAUGAAUUCUGAUAUAUUGCGUGAACUCCAGGAUGCUUUAGAAGAGCGACGGAAAAGGGAAGAGUCACGUCAACGGGAAAAAGAGUUGGCUAAAUUGGAUGCCGAAAAAGAAGCGACAUGCAUUGCGCAGGGUAAUGUCAUGGAAUGCAAAUGUUGUUAUACCGAUGUCCCCAUAAUUCAUAUGAUACCUUGUGCAGGGGAAAAUAUCCACUUCUUCUGCAAGGAAUGUGUCAGAUCCACUGCAAAAUCCCAAAUUGGUGUCAUGAAAUAUGAAGUGAAUUGCAUGGACAUAAGCGGCUGUGGUGCUGGCUUCGACAAACAGAUUCUAGCCAAGGUUUUAGGUGACCCACUGAUGAAGAAAUUAGAACAGCUUCAGCAGCGCGACGAGAUUGCAAGAGCAGAGCUUGAGGGUCUACAUGAUUGUCCCUUUUGUGACUUCAAAGCUAUAUGCCCACCGAUUGAAAUGGGUGAUUGCCAAUUCUAUUGCCAGAACCCAGCCUGCAGAAAAGUGAGCUGUCGUCGUUGCGGCCUAGCAGCUCACAGCCCACAAACCUGCGAGCAGGCCAAUGACAAGAAAACACCCGCAAGACAGAAAAUUGAGGAGGCGAUGAGUGAAGCACUUAUCAGGACCUGCCCUAAUCCAAAGUGCAAGGUUAAAAUAAUCAAGGAAGAUGGCUGCAACAAAAUGACGUGCGUGAAGUGCCGCUCGGUAAUGUGCUACGUCUGCAAGAAGGCCAUCACAACGGAGGGGUACAGGCAUUUUAACAAACGUCCAAAUAGUUGUCCCCUCCAUGACGGCAGGUCCAAUAGUCGCCAUUUCGAGGAGGUUUCAAGUGCGCACAAGAAAGCGAUAGAUGAGGUCAUGAAGGCCAAUCCGCAGUUGAAUAUCGAGGAAUUAGCGGUCGAGGCCCCCAAGAACGAACAUCACAAGUCGGUGGAUCAUCGCAGGUAUCUACAACAUCUACGGAAUCAGCAACAGCAUUACAACGAUCUGCUCAGAAGGAGGCAGAAUCCAGGCGCGCCAGCAAAUCCAGCCCAACCUGGUGCUGCUGGCCCUGCGCAUGUUCCCAUGUAUGCCGCAGUCAAUCACAACCAUCCAUUAGCUGUGGCCUACCCCCAAGCAAUUCCGGUCCCAAACGGAGCCAACCAGUUUCUUCAUUUUAGAGGAGAUAUGGAACAGAUGAACACAGUAGAACAGCCGCCCCAUCCAACCCAUCAGCCGAUUGUCCGGCAAGAUCCUCAGCAACCUCACAUCUGGAAUCACGGGUGGGAUUUUCAUUUUAUCCCGCCAGCUGCGGCUCCAGUUCCAGUUCCAUUUCCGCACGUUCCUAGCGUUCAUCCACAGCAAUAUAAUCAUGGUCACCAUCAACAUUACCACUAUCAAUAUGAUCAUCUUGGCUAUCCAGUGCAAGGAACACCGAUGCCGCAGCAACGAGUCUCCGCCGCCCGGAAGGAUCAGAACCAGAACCAGAACCAGAAUGGGAAUCAAAAUCAGAAUCUGAGGCUAAAUCAACCCCGAGAUAUCAAUCAAGCUCAACAACAUUCACCACCUCAGCCCCAGCUCAAAAAUCCUCAAGGUCCACCUAAAUUCCGAAUACACUCCAAUCUUCGCUUUCCUCUGUCCGCGCCCCCGCCGGCACCCCAGCCUGUGAUGUCCACGCUUCCCAACUCAUUCGGACCGAUCCCAUCCCUUAAUCCACAUCCACAGUGGAAUCAGCAACUGAACAAGCCCCUUGUUAUGCGCGGCGUUCCGGACAAGACUCAGUCUCAUAAUCAAACAGUGUUGACCCAGCCAUCUCCACUACCCACCCAACCUACACACAUGCAGGCAAGACCGGCUGUUCCAGGCCAGCGUAUUGCCUCCAAUAAUAACAUCAACAUCAACCACACUAAUAACAACAACAACAACAAUAAUGAUCCUCAUCACAUUAAUAGACCGAUCUUCCGCUACCCGGUUGACGUACCUGAUCGCGGCCUGGGGGAGUUUCCGUACAAUUAAACCCUCGUUCACUGGCUAGUUCUAUGCGUUGGAUAUAUGAUAGGUCAGGGGAUGAAAACCGACCUUUUCUUUUGAUUUAAUACUCAUCUGCCACAGUUCAUGUAUUUUUCGCGUUUCCUCUCCAUUUCCUCUGCUUCUUUCUUGCAUUCAAAUCUAAACUCCAAGUUCAUAUGUUCAAUAAGCAAGGCGUUUGUUUGCAAUGUGUGUUGUCAGCAUGUCUUAGGGGCAUUGGGUGAUUCGUUUGUUUUGUUAUUUUAGAAGUAUAUACUUUUUUAUCUUCUCAUUUUUGCACCCUACUUUUCUUCUUGCCUAUUAUUUCGUUAUAUUUGGGUCGGAUCUUGGGUUGGAUUUCGGGUUCUGAAAACGAUUUUAACCCCCCCGCUUUCAACUAUACCCCUUCUUCUUUCCUCCAUUUCUUUUUUCUUUUCUUCUUUGUCUUUUCUUUCUAUAUUUUGCCUUUCCUUCUUUUCUAAUUCUUUUCUGGAUUGUCAGCCACGCCAUCAUUUGGACUUGCUUGUUCUGCAUGCUUCAAUGGCGGGAAUAGAUAUCCGUAUUAGAUAUCCUGUAUCAUCCUCAAUUGCUACCCUUUUAUUUUAUUACUUUAUUCCAAUAUUAUUUCUUCUGCCGUCCCCGCCCCUUCCUGUCCAUCUCCUUCAUCCCACUCCCCCGAUUUCUGUUCCAUAAAAAUAUCCCUCUCCCAUCGAAAUGCGCUACUCUGGCCCAACCGCACCUGGAGACGGGACGACUCUACAGCUACAACUUGUUCAUUCAUUUCCGGUGAAUUAAGUUAUACUGAAACCUGAAUAAAACGUUUAACAAUUGAGAUCAUUAAUUUCUAUAAUGCAAGACAUCUCAAUUCCGAAAAGUCAGAAAGCCCAUUCAAAAUAUUUCUCUCUUCUCCCGGCCGCGCUGCCAGCCCGGAUUCUUCUUGAACUUACGGUUUCGUCCUGCCAUCUUUCCUCCAUUUCUUGUACUAGCUUCAUCUCAAGCUUAAAAGAAAAAUAAUUGUAAAACGUAGGUAAAAAGGGUAAAAUGUUUUGAUAAUGUUGCUGAUAGCUCUGUUGUGCAGAGGAUGUUCAGAAAAAUAUAACCGAGACUCCCCCCCUCCCUCCCUCCACCUUAUCCAGAAAUACCUCAUAAGCAAGUAUAUGAAAGAGAAGGACGAUGGCAACGCUCAUAAAAGAAAUGUGAUCAAAAGAAACAUGAUUGAAAUAUCUGAUAUUCUUGUUCCC